UUUCUUUCUCUUCCCCAACGCGAAAAAGUCUGUUAUUGCGUCUUUGUUUUAGGGUUUUGGGUUUUCAUCUCGUUGUCCUACAUCUUUUCCGAAUCGUCAUCUUGUUUGCUUCCCAAGAUAAUCAGUGAAAUACGUUUCUAAUCUACAGGGCAAACGGUGAGAAAUUGGGGGUUUUCAAUUGAAUUUUCAAUUUUGUGGGUUCGCCCAAUACCCCAGAUUUGCUUUCCAAAGAAUAUCGAUUUCGAGGGAUUUCUUGAAAAUUGAUCCAUCAAAGAAAUGAGUACGCUUGAUGUGACCAUGGGAGAUGGCGGCGGCGCCCAACCGGAAUCUCGAUGGAAGCAAAUGGGGCAUGGGGAGAAGGAGGCGUCCGUGCACGAAGAAAUGAAGAGAAUGCAGAAGUUGCCUGCAAACAGCACUUACGUCACUCACCGGUUGCGGGUUCUCAACAAAAUUCUCCAGCUUUUGUCCAUUCAGAGAACCGCAUCACAAGAACAGGAGUUGGAGUUGCUUUUCGCCGGGCUGUCUAUGUGAACUCAACCUUUCAUGGUAGUGGUCAGGUCCAGUUUAUGUUAUAUCUUGUGGGGUUAGAUAUUGUAAUUACUUUUGCAGUGGAGUAUAUGUAACGACUAGGGUUACCUUAUGUGCAGUGUUCUGUUCGAAGCUGGUUGACAAAUAGUUUAACUGUUUGUUGUGUUUGAUGCGUCUAGAAUGAUGUAUACACUGUUAAAUCAUGACUUUUACUAGCUCCUUAUGUAUUAAAAGGUCCUUUUGUUUUAAACCAUUCA